AAUGGGUGUUUGCACAGCCCUGCCUGGCAGCCCUUCCCUGUGCAGAGCUCCCUGUCUUUGCCUCAUCCCUGCAGCACCAUGACUUCUGCCUCCUGGGCUGUCCCAGACCCAUCGAGGGGCUGCUCCCUCAGCUUUCCUGCCAGGGCCACACAGCCACUGAGGUCAGCCACGGACAGACAGACAGGAGGUGCUGGAGAAGCAUUUCCCCUCUCAGGACAGGAACAGGACCUUUCCCAUCCUUACCCUUCUGUGAGCCCUGGGGGCACUGACACUCACUCCCAAUUCCCCUCAGGAGGCAUUUCUUCUGGCUGACUGGUAUCACCACCGUGAUCAGCACCUUCAUGUCCUUCAUCAAGCCGACCCUCAAUGCCUAUGCGCUCAACUGCAUCGCCUUCCACCUGCUGUACCUCACCUGGAGGGAGCUCAAGAAGUGCAAUGACAAACGGGUUCACCGGAUGGCCGCGGUCAUGGUCAUGUGGUGGGCACUGGCCAUCACCAGCUGGAUCAGUGACCGGUGGCUCUGCUGGCUCUGGCAGGCCAUCAACUUCCCCUACUUCCACAGCUUCUGGUAAGGGCUCCAGGAACCCCAGUCCAAACAUUUCCUGGGCUGAAAGGUCCACAGCAGAGAAACAGUGGCCAAGGUGAAACAGCUGCAUUAUUUCCCCGCCCUCUCCCCCUUCCUGUCACUUGUCUCCUCACUCAGCCCCAGCAUUCAGCCCUAACCACUGUUUCAUGUCCCUCUCCUCCACACCAGCCAAGCACUG